UUACAAUCAUUCGGAAAUGGAUGCUUUUCAAAUUAUCUAUACAGACUUAUAUCAAAACCAACUGGCAGUUGUUGUCCCUUAUCCUCCACCAUUUGAUGAUAAUAUUAACCAUGGAGAAAAGUUUCAAAUAUUAAAGGAAGCAAUCGAACGAGCAAAACGCUUCAGAAAUAGAAUCUUAUUGUUGACAAAUUUGUUCUAUAUGGGUCACUUUCUAGAAAAAGAAAUGACUGGUACUUUGCGGAGUUAUUACGUGCAGCAAUUAUCAAUACAUUAUCGGACUUCAGCCAUACGAACAUAUUACAUAUUUGAGCUUCCUGGAGUUGCCCAAAUCACACGGACUACUCAAACAACGUCAACCAUGAUUCGGCAAUUAAGCCAUGAAGAAUAUCAGAAACUGGUAACCGAAUCCAUUGGAAUUUUAACGGGAGUUGAAAUUUUUGCGGGGGAUGAUGUAACGAACGAUCAAUCACGUGACAAAAAUUCGGCCUAAUCACGGGGUGAUGAUCAAUGUUCGAAAUGUUGCAUAUGUUGCAUAUAUGAAACAUAUCAAAUAUAUGCAACAUAUCAAAUAUGUUCAAUAUAUCAAAUAUGUUUAAUUUAUUUAAUAAAUGCAAUAUGUUAGAUAUUUUUAGUCUAGUAUUUUUACAUAUAUAUAGACCUG